AUGUGUCUAAUGUGUCCGAGGACACGUUACGGAUGUUUAACCUCGGUAUUGGAUUUGUUCUCAGGCGCAGACAGUGUGCAGCAGCUUUGUGACUCAACCGACGAAGAGUUCCAGACACUCGCCGAGCACGUAGGCAUGGCCAGAAAGCCCCUUCACGUGAAAAGAUUGAAGAACGCACUCAAACAGUGGUCAUGCCAUGCAGCCGUAAUGACGUCCAUUCCUUCAAGCGAGUCGGAGCGUGAAAUUCACGAACUGCUUCAGCGAGCGGAUCUCCUCGCCUACUACGACAAGUUCAUCGAGAAAGGCUUAGACAAUGUGCAGCAGCUUUCUGACUCGACGGAAGAAGAGUUCCAGGAGUUCAUGGAUCUUGUUGGCAUGGCCGAAUUCCCUUUUCACGUGAUGAGGUUGAAGGACGAACUGGAACAGUGCACAGGGCAUCCAGGAACUGAUCCGGUAGCUCAAUUUCAUCUCCACAUGGAAAGGUCGCAACAGUGGAAAGACGUCAGGAAGGAAAUGCACGAAGCUAUUGCGGCCAAAGAUGAGGCUGGUGUUCGAAAGUGCCUGGAUGCCGCGCCUGUAUUGAAACUGUGGUUGGACCCUGUGAAAGAUAAGUCAGCUCUUUACAAAGCAGUCGAAGAGAAAGCUUUGCGUAUUCAUGGUCUCUUAAUCUCGCGCGAAUGCGCCCUCAAAGACGACGAAGACUCAUCGUGUUACGAAGGUCUCACACCUGUUGAACGAGCUGAAAUUCGUCGGCAACAAUAUUACACCACCAAAUACGAGGACUCUUACAUCGACUAUCUGAAAAGCAAAUCCCGGAGCGCCAGCGGAUGUGAUGACUUCGGUGUACGAUUGGAGAAGACGUUUAAGCAGCUCUCCAGUGAUGAAGUAAACAAGAGUAUCCUGAAAGUUGUUGCAACAGCACCACACCUAGAUAUAGUGUUCGACUCUGUGGCUAAAAACGUUAAGAGGAUUACUGGAUCCGGCGGGUGUUCCACACGCGGUCUGACCUAUCGUGAAGAAGAAAGGGUUUACGUCUGCGGCAGCACAGAGAAGCGAGAAGUUUGGGGAACUCUCAUUCAUGAGUUGUCCCACAUGGCACUGACCUUAGUUUACACAAAUGAGGGAAAGCCAUAUAACCGCGGCGAUGAGGAGAAGGAACGUCAUUACCAACAAAUUCUGAACGACGUUAAAGGAAGGAAAAAUAAUGUGCAUUUCCUUAUCCAGAAAGCCUUCGACAAUAAUGAGGAAGAAGAGCUAAUUGUACGGAUUCCUCACAUACUGACCGAAUGUGACGAAGGAAAUAGGAUUCUGGAGCUUCAAGCACCGAAACUACUAAAGUUUUUCAAGGACGCUGUCAUGCCAGACAUGCAGAGAUAUAUUCUGAAUGGAAUCCCGUCCAUAGAUUCAACGAAAAUCGAAAAUGAGAACACAAGACUUCGAAAAGCUUUCCACAUUGGCCAAUUCAAAGUCAAUUUCGAGAAGCCGCUGGACCUGUGUGACCUGCAAAAUAUGCCUCUUCUCGUCCUUGCGGGUCCAGAAUUGAGUCUCCUCGAAAUAAUGGUUUACAACACUGUGCAAUCCACGGGGCAGCCAUACUUGUUUUUCGAAGCAAACCAAAUGGACGAUACGCUAAAGCAUGUGUUAGUGAACUACAAAUGUCGAUUUGUGCUUGUAACGGUUUAUCCAAACAAAAACGUCCAAGAUGUUAUUGCACUUCUGAGUGAAGUAUCCCGUGUGACUGGAACAAACGUCAUCUUCCUUGUGGAAGACAGCGGCAAAUCUUCCUUGUUGGAGCAAGUGCAAGGAGACGCAUUCUUUGCCGCUGGACGUGUAGUGCAUAAUAUCCUUGAAGCCAGUUUGGAGCAUGUUUCGAAUAGCUGCAAAAAAGAAGUUUUCGAAAAAUCUCGCGUAGAACUUCAGGGAACUUAUGUUUCUUUUUUUCCCGAAGCAAUGAAUAUGGACACCUUCUCAUGUUGUGUAGACACUUCGGUUUUCCUAAACCUCUGUGAGCAUAAAAACAUUAACCUGGGACCUCCGCUUCAUGAACUCGAAGAAUGUGUUCAGAACUGUUAUGUGGAGCGAGUGUUUACAAGGGCCGUGAAAAUUGACCUCAAAAAGUGCAGAAUGGACGACGAGAAUGAGGCUUUCGCACUUUUGGGGUGUCCGCAUGAUUGUGCUGCAAAACUUGUACCUGAUGGCUACGAGGCAAAACAUCAGAAAAAUUUAAUGCAGUUUGAAAAAUUUGUGGUCCUUCAGGAGCCAUGCGACUAUGAAGCUCUCCUGAAAAAUGAUAAUUACCGAGGGAAGGUAGUGCAUCUGCUGCAGAUCACCGAAUCCGGUAACGAAGUGCUGUGGACUAAAUCAAAUGGCCGUCUCAGUCACCUUCCAACGACGGGAAGUGACGAUUAUACCACGGAGGCGUUGCUGAAGGUGCCCGAGAAGGUCGUCGUCGUCUCUGGUGCUCCUGGUAUGGGAAAGAGUGUGCUGGCAAAGCGCUUGUGCACCGAAGUAAAAGAUGAAGACGAGAAGCGGUGGGUGCUCUACGUCGACCUUCCUCAGAGAAUGGCAUUAGUUAAAACAGCGUCUCCUAGUUUGGAAUAUGUAGCGGAUCUGUGCCAAGUACAAAGAAGUGGUCUGGAGUUCGCUCUGUUCGAGGAAAGCUUGAAGAAUGGGAACCCUUUCAAGGUCGUUGUCAUGUUGGAUGGCUUCGAUGAAGUCACCAAGGAAUGCCGCAAGUGUCUGUUGGAACUUAUAUUGUUUCUAGCUAACCGAAAAGUUUACAAGGUGUACCUUUUUACUCGCACUGUGUUUAAACGCCAUGCACAAGAUGCCUUGCACACGGUGUCAUACGAUCUCGUUCCCUUUUCUGUACAGAACCAGAAUGAUUUUCUCACAAAAUGUAGGGUCCAAACAGAAACUUCAGCGACCAGGAAUGACGCAUUUGCGGCAAAAUUCCAGCAACUGUACGCGACAUUGAAAGAGAAAAACAAGACAAUCCUGGAAACUCCACUCCUACUUCGCAUGAUGGCUCAGAUGGAGAGCGGGGAAAUUACGGAGUCGCACGAUUACUCUUCGCUGCUUAAUAUUGCUGACAUUUGUGGCGGCAGUAUAUACACUGUACACAUCUACAAGAUGUUUGUCGAGUACAAGCAUCUUGUGCACCGAAAAGAAAAGUUGAAGGAAGACAUCGUCCUACGUGCCACGCGAGGGGAGCACGAAGCAGCGCAGUCUUCAUUCUACACACACCAUCGUCUCCUCGCUAUGAAGUGUAUAUUUCCUCAGGAUAUAUUGCAAACCUUAUUGAAUGAAGACGAAUUAGUGCAGUUAGAUCCAGAAGGAAGUAUCAUGAAGGGCGUUGUGGACAAUUCUCUCAAAGAAGGUUUUGUGAAUAGAAUUAAUGAAGGAAUUCCCGAGUUCGUUCAUAAGACUUUCGCCGAAUUUUUCGCAGCUCACUAUCUCCUCGAGAAGGCAAAGAUAAGGACGAAAUCGAGCUAUAGGGAAAAGGUAGUAGAACUAUGUGGUAAAGAAGACUACGAGGGUGUAAUGCUGUUGUUCGAUGGACUGGCGUCAGAGCCCUGUCCACUUCACUCUGCUGUGAUAAACAACGACGUUUCUUAUUUUGAGCAACGUGUUAUUCAAAAAGAAGGCAUGCUCGUUGUCGAUGAGCUAAAAAGGACGCCGUGGCACGUAGCAGCCCUGCAUUCUGAUAAAGCAACACUGAAGAGGCUUCCAAUGGAUGAUGCACUAAUCCAGAAUGAUUUGUUUAAUAUGUCACCGUUGGGGUACAUGGAGCUUUUUUCCCCAUGGAUGGAUGUUUUGUUGACUGGGACUUCGACUGUGAGAGACAGACUCGACGUAUUAUGCGCUCGAUGCAGUGAGGAAGCAGUGAGACGUUCUACCGAAAAUCUGCGCAGGUUUCAAACCUUGGAGCAAACGAGAGAUUUUCUUGAACGAGCAAUAUUCACGGCUGUGAGACACGACCUACGAUACGUUUUAGACGUGUGUCUGAGCUAUGUGUCCCCGAGAGAGAGUACAGUAGAUCUGCACAGAGACAUCAUGGACCAAUUAGAAUCACGCAAGGAACGAAGCUCGAGAUGUUCUGCAGAGUCUUCGGUAAUUAGAAACCUUGAUAGUUUUACAGACAGCAGCAAUAGAACUGUCCUUUUUUACGCAAAGUCCGAGACUGUUUGUAAAAUGCUCCUUCCUUACUGCGAUAUGGGAAUUCUUGAUCAGGAUGGAAACACAAUGUUGCACAUUAGCGCGAAAGAAGGAAAUCUGGAGACAAUACAGUUUUACCUCGCACAUUUACCCGUUAGCAGUAGCAAUGGACGCUUUCAAACUCCUUUGCACUUGAGUGAAGAUGCAGAGAUUGUGAGGCUACUUCUUCCUCUUUAUCCCUCAGUGAAUGUUCUCGAUUGUAGUGAACGAACUCCGAUGGAUAUAUGUGCAAAGAGAGAUGAUUUGGAGGCCAUGAAGUUGUUACUCCUUCGCACUCGGACAUAUGACGAACAUCACAUCAGGCUGAACACAACGCUUCAUGUGGCUUCUGCCUCUCUUUCCCUUAAAGCUGUGACGUUUCUUCUACCUCACACAAAUGCGCACAUGCUUAACUACGCAGGAGAAACGUGCUUAGACGUUGCUUGGACAAGUUGGAAAUAUCUGUCGAGUUCGGAUUCCAACGUUAUGAGGUGUCUCAUCCCACACUCACCUGAAACGUUCGGCUCAUCACUGUUGUACGUCUCGGGGAGAGGUGGUCGAAGGGAAUUGAUGGAAACUCUAUGGCCUUAUUUGCGACACAGUGACCCUAGGCAUGCACAGAGGAUCAGCAGAAGCUAUGUGUAUGUGUGGAUGAAAAGGGGUUUCCAACAAGAAAUUUCGUGUCUGAAACUUCUCUUCCUCCAUUUAGAUGACAUCGCUGGUGAUCCUUGUAGCCGUAAACUGCUACAUGAUGUGGCCAAGGACAAGCUACGUGAGAUAAAAGAAGAAAAUUUCAUUAAUUACAUGAAGCUGUUACUGCCGCAUUUAAAUCUCAGUGAGCAGGAUUAUGUAGAACGUGGAGUAAAAAAUGAGGACAUCGUUACCUUAUAUCGGGAAUGGUCGCACAUGAAUAACACCGAUGAUCCCCACAUUCACGAUGUCAACGCAGAAAUGGUUUGCGACGAUGGCAGUAUGAAGUUGCUCAUAGAAGCAGAGGAAGGUUGGUAA